AUGGUAAACCUUUUUACGACCGUGGUCGGUAUUUUCACACGGUUGAUUAAGGCAUCUAUCGGCCUUACUCCUUGGGUCACAUUUGCUAUCUGGCUCGAAAUUCGAGAUCUGUUCUACCUUAUCGCAAAUCGUUUCCGCCCUAGUCGUCCCGUUGGAAGAGUUGUGCUUCCUGGCCAUCCAGGCCAUGGUGGUAUCUGGCCGAGUUACCUCCCCCCGACACAGGGCAAAGAGAGCCGAUCCCCUUGUCCCGGACUCAACACCCUUGCCAACCACAAUAUUCUACCCCGCGAUGGUAGAAAGAUCACCUAUAAGCAACUGACAUCUGCAAUCCAGCACGCAUUUAACUUUUCACCAACACUUGCCGACCAACUCACUGCUUCUGCCAAACUGCUCGAUCAAGGUCGGGGCUGGAUUGAUCUGCAUGAUUUGAAUGCGUUGAAUGUUAUUCAACACGACGCCUCAAUCACUCGUCCUGACAUCGCCUUCUGUCCUGACCAGGGCUACCCGCACCCUGACCUUGUUGAAAAUUUCCUCGCCCACUCCUCGAACGGGAAAUCGCUGACCCUGGGUGACAUUGCAACCUUCUCCGGGAAGCGCCGCGCCGAAUGCAAACGCAGCAAUGGCCAAUACUCUAUGACAGGGAACUUCCUGCACGAGUUUAUUGGUUCCGGAGGAGGUGAGCUUAUUUACUCGAUAUUUGGAGGUAAUGUCGAUGACCUGCGUGUCUUCCUUACCGAAGAGCGCUUUCCAGAAGGGUGGGAGCCAAGGACCAGAGAAGCGUUCGGGCAUACCGUGACAAAAGCACAAUUGAUAUCCCUCAUUAUCGAAUUUAACAUCAAUGAGGCGUAA